AUGGCCGACAGCUCGACCAAACUCUUCCAGCCCCUCCGCAUCGCCGGCGUCACCACCGCGCACCGCAUCGUCAUGGCGCCGCUCACGCGCCUCCGCAACACGGCCGACCACACGCCGCUGCCCAUGGCCGUCGCUUACUACCGGCAGCGGUCGUGCUACCCGGGCACGCUCAUCAUCGGCGAGGCGUGCCAGAUCUCGGCGCGCCACGGCGGCAUGCCGCACGCGCCGGGCCUGUGGGCGCCCGCGCACGUCGCCGCCUGGAAGGAAAUCACCGCCGCCGUGCACGCUGCCGGCUGCCGCAUCGUCUGCCAGCUGUGGGCGCCCGGCCGCGCGGCGGAUCCGGCGGUGUUGGAGAGGGAAGGCGGACACCCGUUCGUGAGCGCGAGCGCGGUGCCGAUGGGAGAGGGCGCGCCGACGCCGAGGGAGAUGAGCGAGGAGGAGGUGUGGGAGGCGGUGCGGGAUUUUGGGGCUGCGGCGAGGAGGGCGGUCGAGGCGGGGUUCGAUGGCGUCGAGAUUCAUGGCGCGAAUGGGUAUUUGGUCGACCAGUUCUUGCAGGAUACUUGCAACAGGCGGACGGAUAGGUGGGGUGGAAGUGUGGAAGGGAGGGCGCGGUUUGCGAUCGAGGUGGUGAAGGAGGUGGUUAAGGCCGUUGGAGAUGCGGACAAGGUUGGUAUAAGGUUGAGCCCGUGGAGCACGUUCCAAGCCAUGAAGAUGGAAGACCCAGUGCCGCAGUUCACGUACCUCAUCAAGGCAUUGAGGGAGAUGGGCUUGGGUUAUCUGCACGUCGUCGAGUCCCGCGUCGUGAACAACGUCGACACGGAGAAGAAAGAGGGCAUUGAGUUCGCGCUUGAGGCGUGGGGGAAGGACAAGCCAGUGCUGGUUGCCGGCGGUUUCAAGGCAGACUCGGCGAAGAAGGCCGUGGACGAGGAGUACAAGGACUGGGAUGUCGGCGUCGUGUUCGGCAGGUACUUCCUGUCGACGCCCGACUUGGUCUACAGGCUGGAGAAGGGUCUCGAGCUGAACGCAUACGAUCGGUCAACUUUCUACACGCCGAUGCAGGAGAAGGGUUACCUGGACUAUCCUUUUAGUGAGAGCUUUGAGAAAGCCAAAGUUGGUGCUUGA